CUAAACGCAGCUGGGUGUUUUUGCCUCCGGGCUGAAAGCUGCAGCCGUGUCUUAUAUCAGCGCAGUCAGUCUGUCGGUGAACUUACUCGGUGCUCGGUGCGCGUUGCAGCUCGGUGACAGCUCCGCUCACACCGCUGCAACACUUUACCGACACAUGACACCGCGGCGGGACCUCGCACUGACAGACUGGCAACUUUCUCCGCAGCUGCUGCUGUCUCUGCUGCAUAAACCUGCCACACAUCAUUGACUGGGUCCAUGUUCUGCCACUUAAUGAUGUGAGACUGAUGGCUGGACUGAGAAUGAGCACUGAACAUCUUCCCUGCUCUGGUUCAGACAGACUGUCUGUUGUUCAGGAUCAGCUUCAUGUUGAUUAUGUGAUCUGUCCCAGUGCUGCUGUGUCACACUGAGCAGACUCAAACAAAGUCAGGUAUACGUUUGUUUAGACACAUUAAUCAGUCUGAAAUUCCACCAUGUGAGCUGAGUAACAUUAAACUACACCGGCCUGUGAAGGUGAGUGUGCUGGUCUUUGUUAUUCUGUGCCAGUUUUUUCAGGGCAACAGUCCAGUAAUUGUAGAUAAUGACUUUACCACAGUGAACUUGACAGCAGGAGAAAAAAAAAAGACUAUCCAUGGCCCAUACUCUUUGGCGAUGAUGUAGUAAAUCUAGUGAUACUGAGACUGUCUGUAGCUGCGAUGGCCACUGCCUCUCCAGAAAAGGACCAGCCCCUGCUGCAGCUCCAGGAGGUGGACUCCAGCCGAGUCAAAAAUCGUGUCCUCUCCCCGAUCCUCAGCUCCUCCUCUUCUCCCGGUCCGUCUCUAGAGACCAGCCAGCCCAUCUGCAUCCCCUCCCCUUACACCGACAUCGGCCAUGACUUCACCACCAUACCUUUCUACAGUCCCACUAUCUUCAGUUACGCCGGUCCCAGCAUUUCAGACUGUCCCUCUGUCCAUCAGUCACUAAGCCCCUCCUUGUUCUGGCCCAGUCACGGCCACAUGGGGCCACCCAUACCCCUGCACCGCUCCCAGGCCCGACCCCAGCACAGCCAGCCGAUCCAGAGUCCGUGGGUGGAGUUGACGCCGCGGGACAGUGUCUUAACAGCCAGCAAGAGCGGGAGGAGGCGUUCCCAGGAGAGCGAGGAGGGCGUGGUGUCGUUGGGCGGGAAGGCAGACCUCCACUACUGCGCUGUGUGUCACGACUACGCCUCGGGCUACCACUAUGGAGUGUGGUCAUGUGAGGGGUGUAAGGCCUUUUUCAAGAGGAGCAUCCAAGGACACAAUGACUACAUCUGUCCAGCAACCAAUCAGUGCACUAUAGACAAGAACCGUCGUAAGAGCUGCCAGGCGUGUCGCCUUCGCAAGUGCUGUGAAGUUGGCAUGACCAAGUGUGGUAUGCGAAAGGAGCAUGGAAACUACAGGAACUCCAAGACGAGGCGACUGACCCGUCUGUCCUCGCAGAGCAGAGCUAACGGACCAAAGCCUUUAACUGGACCAGUGGAGGGUUUGUUAAACGAGCUGCAGCCGCCCGCGCUGACCCCAGAGCAGCUGAUCGAGCGAAUAAUGGAGGCAGAGCCGCCGGAGAUCUACCUCAUGAAGGACAUGAGGAGGCCGCUGACCGAGGCUAAUGUCAUGAUGUCGCUCACCAACCUGGCUGAUAAGGAGCUGGUUCACAUGAUUAGCUGGGCCAAGAAGAUUCCAGGGUUUGUCGAGCUCAGUCUCUUGGACCAGGUGCACCUGCUGGAGUGCUGCUGGCUGGAGGUGCUGAUGAUCGGACUGAUGUGGAGGUCAGUGGACCAUCCAGGGAAACUCAUCUUCUCCCCUGACCUCAGCCUGAGCAGAGAAGAGGGGAGCUGCGUCCAGGGCUUCCUGGAGAUCUUUGAUAUGCUCAUAGCUGCCACGUCCAGGGUGAGAGAGCUCAAGCUGCAGAGGGAGGAGUACGUCUGCCUCAAGGCCAUGAUCCUCCUGAACUCCAACAUGUGCCUCAGCUCCUCAGAAGGCAGCGAGGAGCUGCAGAGUCGCUCCAAGUUGCUUCGUCUUCUGGAUGCUGUAACUGACGCUCUGGUGUGGGCCAUCGCUAAAACCGGCCUCACCUUCCGCCAACAGUACACCCGCCUCGCACACCUGCUCAUGCUGCUCUCGCACAUCCGCCACGUGAGUAACAAAGGCAUGGACCACCUCCACUGCAUGAAAAUGAAGAACAUGGUGCCUUUGUACGACUUGUUGCUGGAGAUGUUGGAUGCCCACAUCAUGCACAGUUCCCGUCUGCCUCGCCGGACUCCCCAGGAGGAGUCCGCAGAGCAGAAGGAGGUUCCUGCUCUGCCUCCUGGCUCUGGAAGCGGACCCUCAAAUACCUGGACUCCCAGCAGCGCUGGAGGUGGAGCUGAACCCCAGUAGUCAGAUCAGAAUUCACAUGCAAUGAAUUAUCACAGCUUUGCACAAAACCAGUCCACAGGACUGUUGAUAUGUUUUACUGGAACAAUCCUCAGAGUGCUGGAUUCUUUGAUUAUGAAUCUUAAUCUUUGACCCACUGUGCACUAUUUCUAGUCAGCUUCUCAGGCUUUAGAGGAAAGACCAACCAUGCAGGAUUCACUGCCUUACCACCAUAUGAUGAAAGGCCAGAGUGGGCCUAGAAGAUGAACAAAUUGUUGUCAUGAUAUGGCCAGUGGCACCACUACUUGCAUAAAUGGUCAUGUCAUAUGUUACUGUCAUGAUUCUCUUGGGCUUAGAAGUGAAUUUUCUACCACUUAUUGUGCUGAGGUAAGAUGUUAAGUUUCAGUAGUUCAGUGACUGGAAAUGGCUCUGACAGACGCUGAAUUGUUAUUAACAGAGAUAGUAAAGCUAGAAUGUCUUUCUCACUUAAGUGUCUAGUCUGCUCUGAAGAAGUAGCUCUGUAUCCACUGGUUAAAAUUAGUUUUUAAAAAAAUGGUUAAAACAGAAAAUUAAUCAGGUUAAUCAUUGAUGUUUCUAGGCAGAAACUUAACUUAUCUGAAGUUGCGACAGCUGAUUUGUGAUUUAGAAUUUUUUUCUUGUGGUUUUCAGCUGUUGUCCUGUCACAGCAGACCUUUAGUUGACCACUAGAGGGCGCUUUACAUUGCUUGCUAACACCAUAUGAUGAACUGUCACUGUUAAGUUCUGGCUUUAUAGCCAAAGCCAUCUUGUUUUCUGUGAAGAAUCAUAACCACUGUUGCUCUUAAGACAACUUUGAAAAAGAAAGCUAUUUUUGUACCUUUAGGAUUCGCUGCAGUUGCUUUUGUGUGUACAAUCGUGAUGCAGCUUCGACAAUCAGAAUCAGUUUAAGAUUAAUGGUUGUUCACCCAAUGUAGACAUUGAUAAUAACCACUUAAGUCCCUCUGUCUGCCGUGUGCUUUUCCUCCGGUCUUGCUUUGUUAUACAUUACAAGCUGUAUUAUCACUGUAUAUCUGUACUUACAGUGUACUUCGUGUUCCUAGAAAAGAAUUUCAUACCUGCUUCAUUACAGGUGACAACUUUCAAUAAUGAAUGUGUAAACAAGUAAAAUUCUAAGUAAAAGGAUUGUUGGUUUUUCUGUCAAUUAUCAAACAAUAUCUUCAGUAUGUUAAUUUUCUUUUCAUUUGUUUUUGUUGUGUUUAUUCACUCAUUCUGGUUUACACCAUGAAUUAAAGCAAAAAAUAUUGUACAGAUACAAUUGUGGCAUGUUAAACUGUUGUUUUUAAAUGCCAUUUUAAAGAAAUGCUUACACUGGUCAGACAAAUCAAGAUAUUUAAUAUUAAUAAAUAAUGAUCAAAUACUUCAUUAACCAAUUGA